UGAGAAGGUGAACCGACCCGUUGUUACCACGACAUUGUCGUGUGCAUGUCCACGCCCACAAAAAGGAGGUCAAUUGUUCCUCUUGGCAACGGUCACAUUCUAAGCGAGUUCGAGGCAGAUUUGACCAUAAAGCCGCACCGAAGGUGACCUUGGAGACCUUUCUGCAUCACUCCCUCGAGUCUACAGUAGCGACGACAGACAAUAUGUCGUCCAAUGAAAAGAUAUCUGCGGGGUUCCAACCCAGUAGGCCAGUCACCAAUCGACAAGACAGAGGCAGCACAGUGGUCAUCAUGGAGUCGUUCAAGCAGAGUCUCGCUUGGACAGCUUACAAGUUUACAUCGACAGUCUUAGAUGAGAUCUGGCCUCAGGCUCUGUUGUUCACUGGUAUCGCUACGAUGGUCACUUGUAUAUCUGAAUUCACGAGUGUUCAACUGCAGUGCAACAGUAUCACUUUGACAGUAUUAGGAGUCGUUGUCUCCCUGGUCGUCUCAUUCCAUACCAAUAACUCGUACCUGAAAUGGUGGGAGGGCAGGAAUGUGUGGACCAAUAUCACUUCCGUCAGCCGUCAACUUGCGAUGCUUAUUUGGCUUCAGCUCCCCAACAACAUGAAGAAGAAGAAGGAAGACGGCAAAGAGAAGGACAAGGGCAAAGGGAACGACGAGAAAUCGAAGGAUAAAUUUGAGCCACCUCGAGCCCACGAAGAUGAUGAUGAUUCCGACUCGAAGCACUCACCAGAACAUCGCACAAAGGCAGUCGCAGAGAAGGAGAUGGAGGAGCAGAGAUCCCAGAUCGAAGGAAUCCUGAUCAAGAAGUCUUACAUUGGUUUGAUCCACGCCUUCUCGGUGGCUAUGAAGCACAGUCUGCGAGGUGAAAAGGGCCCAUUCUACUCUGAUCUAUACAAUCUGAUCGCCUGGCUCCCAAAGUACAAUCCCUCUGCGUAUCCACCCAUCACACGCGAUCAUCUCCUGGUCCUGUGGCAGAAUGGCAUCCCCAGACAAAAGUGGCACCGGGCAGACGACGUCGCCGCUGUACCUCUGUCUCAACAAGCAGCCUUUGACGGCUACACAUUCGACAUCAUGCCCGGAGCAGAUAUGCCGAAUCCCGGACCAACAGACCACGAAGCAAAUCCCGGAGGUUUGACGACUCGCUCUGAAAAGUUCAAAUCGCAAGCUGUGAACGAGGCUAAGAAGUACGUCCAAGAUGGUCAAGCGAAAAUCAUGGGAUUCUGCCAUCUGGAUCAGAAGCAUCGUAUCCGCCGUGGCGAUACCCCAGUUCGCUUGUCUCAAGAUGACACUAUCAUCAUCACGACCGUCGAAUUGAUGCCCCCUCGACACCCUCCGCCAGCUACUGUAUGGGACUUUGUACCUCCCCUUAGGAUUUUCAAGAUCGUCUUCGACUGGUUCAAAACGCAGAAAAGGCUGGAACAACAGGAACGUACGCGAGGCGGAAAGAGGCGACGAUCAGCCGUCAAAUCGGAGAUAGCCCAAGAGAUGCUGCUUUACCUCCAUGCCUUUGCGGCGGACAUGGUGGACAUGUCUGUCGGAAAUAGCUUCUUCACCAGUCAAUUCAUGACGGGUAUCAAUGAGCUUCAAAAGGCCAUAUCCGACUUGGAUAAGAUUGCCACUACGCCUCUUCCCUCUGCUUAUCGAUCGCAGCUGCGCUUGACAGUCUGGGCGUACUUGUUCUUCCUCCCUGUCCAGCUGUACCAGUAUCUCCACUGGGUGACCAUUCCGGCGGUAGCCAUCGCUUCAGUCAUCUAUCUUGGCUUUCUGGAAAUCGGCAGCCAGAUCGAAAUGCCAUUUGGCUACGAGCAGAGUGAUCUCGAUUUGGACAAAUUCUGCGCCAACAUCGGCCGCCAGUUGGCAGAAGUCACAGCCUUUCCGACCAGGGUGCCAACCAAGAAGAUUGUUCGAUCCCACUUGAAUCAACCACUUUUGCCUUCUCUCUCGCUAUCGAUGCCAGACCUGCUGGGUGUACCGGAAGUCGAUCCUAAACCGACUUCCAGGGGGUUCAAUGACUCCUAUCAGCCUAGAUUGGACGAGCAAGACAAGUCUGACCGAACGCAAAUGUCUCAGACUCACGAGACAACGCCGCCAAAAUCCAUCAGUGAGGUCGAAGCUGCUCUCAAUGCCAAUUGGCGGGACGUGGAAAAUGCUUGGCAGGAAUUCAAAAGCCGAAAACGCCAUCAGCUAGAGAAUAAGACGGGGAUGGAGGUGGCUGUCUUGGCGUUGCGAGACUGAGUUGAGCAAGAGGACGGAGAGUAUUGAUACUAAGGACAUUAUGUACACACGAGAGCUGGAAGUCGAUAUGUUCAAAGUGCAUACAGGAAUGAUAUUUUAUUGUAG